UUAAUGUAUAUUAUGGUCUUACUCAAGAUCCUUUAACUCAAGAUCUUAUAUUUAUUAUGCCAUAUUAUAAUUCAGACUUGUCACAUUAUAUAAUUAAAGAUUUUUUUAAUAUUAAUUGGUAUCAUAAGUUAAAUAGAUUAAAAGAGAUUAUAAAUAGUCUUAAUGAAAUUCAUGAAGUAGAUAUUAUUCAUCGAGAUUUACAUAGUGGAAAUAUACUUAUAGAUGAGAAUAUUUUGACUAAAAAGAAUCUAGCAAAAUUAUGUGAUAUAGGAAUAAGUAAAUCAGCAACAGAACAUGAUCUUAGUAAUGAUAAUGAAGAAAACAACAUUUAUGGUAUAAUUCCUUAUGUUGCACCAGAAGUUUUACGAGGAAAAAAUUAUACCAAAGCUUCAGAUGUAUAUAGUUUUGGAAUGAUUAUGUGGGAGUUAAUGGUAGGAAGAAGACCUUUUUGGGAUAGAAAUCAUAAUACAGAAUUAAUAAUUGAAAUAAGUGAUGGUUUACGUCCACCGAUUAUUACAAAUGCACCUAAAGGUUAUAUUGAUUUAAUGAAAGAAUGUUGGCAUUCUGAUCCUAAAAAAAGACCAAAAACAGUUGAAAUAUUAAAAAAAAUUGAUGAAGUACUUGUUAAUGAACAGGAAAAUAAGACUGAAAUUAUAGAAUCAUCAGAUAUUGGUCCCGUAACAACAAAUAAUCCUGAUGCCAUAUAUAAGAGUAGAUAUUUAAGUGGUAUGAUAAAAUCUGCUGCUUCUAAAAGAAGUUUAAAAAGUCAAUCUAUUACUUCAAAACUUGAUCAAUUUGAUCCUAACAAUAAAAGAAAUUUUGACGACAAUCAAUUAAGUAGCUUUGAUAAUUGCAUGGAAAAAGUAUUAAAAAGAAUAAAACUAAAUGAAGACGAAAAUAAUGAUUUAUACGUUACGAAAAGAAAUUGAAUAUAAAUUUUUAAUGAUGAUGAUGGUUACCAUAUUUUAUUAUUUUUAUUUAGAUUACGUUACGAAAGAAUUUGAAUAUAAAUUUUAAUGAUGAUGGUACGUAAAUACGUAAAUAUAAUAUAAGGGGGCUGAUUCUAAAAAAAAUCAAAGGUAAGAGAAUUUUUUUGGCUAAAAUUUAAAAAAGUUAUUGUAUUUUAUUUAAUUUAGUCAUAUCAAAAGUAUAACUAUGUAAUAAAAAUAUCAA